UUUCACUUGUGAAAUGGGCAUCUCAUGUAACCUUCUCACCUUCUUCUUCGUCCUCUUCUCUACUAUCUUCUUCUGUUUCUCCCAAGCAACCACCUUUGAGAUUACAAACCAAUGUUCCUAUACAGUUUGGGCUGCUGCUGUUCCAGGUGGGGGAAAGCAACUCAAACCAGAUGAAACCUGGGUCAUCAACAUGGCCGCCAAUGGGACAAGUAAUACAGGUCGGAUCUGGGGCCGAACCAAUUGCUCCUUCAAUGCAUCCGGCGAUGGAAGUUGCGAGACCGGCGACUGUAAUAACAAGUUAGAGUGCAAAGACUACGGUGUCUCCCCUGUCACAAUUGCCGAAUUCGGAUUAAAUCAAAUUAACUUGGAUUUCUACGACAUCUCUCUCGUUCUUGGAUUUAACAUUCCAAUGGAGAUUCACCCAAACAACGGCAACUGCCGACAGGUCAAUUGUUCUGCCGAUAUUACAGGUGAGUGUCCGGUAGAGUUGCAGACCCCAGGAGGUUGUAACCACCCCUGUACUGUAUUCAAGACUGAUCUUUACUGUUGUAAUAGCAAUUGCACAGCCACAUAUCUUUCCAAUUUCUUCAAGAAUAGGUGCCCAGAUGCUUAUAGUUUUGCUUAUGAUGAUCAAACAUCUACUUUUAGCUGUCCUACUGGUUCUAAUUAUAGGGUUUUGUUUUGCCCUUUAGCCUCUUCUCCAUCCCCUGUUUCUUCUCCUUCUAAUGAUGGUUCUUUUGCUCAUAUGUGUGUAAGUAUAAUCAAUCUACAAUACUAGGGUUUC